AUGCAUUCCUCCACCACCAUCCUGGCCCUGGCCCUCGCCGCUACCUUGACUGCCGCAAUCCCACACGCCGGCUCCCACAACCACGCCCACAUGCUCCGCCACCUCCACGCCCGCACCCCAGCCCAGAGCAAUGACGGCGAAUGCGGCGGCGAUCUAGGCUUCACUUGCGGACCAGGCUACUGCUGCUCCCAGUGGGGCUACUGCGGUGCAAGCAAGGAGUACUGCGACGCUGGCUGUCAAUCCGCCUUCGGGACGUGUAACAGCAACGCUUCCACUACUUCUGCACCUUCGGUCGCUACAGCUGUAUCUACUGUCACGGGAUCUGGUGUCGGGAACGAGACGACGAUUUCUGCUGGUGGGCCAAGUGUUAUCGUCGACACGACUGUCACUAUUCAAUCCACUGUCUCUUUUGGCGCAGCAGCUACCAAAGCUUACAGCCAUCCGGCUUGGACUGGGCCGCCGCAUCGGUCGAUCUCUGCCUACCCUUCUGAGACUUCGUCGUCUGUGGCUGCGGUCUCUACUACUAGUGUCCCUGCUGAGACCUCCACAGCAAUCUUGAGCUCUUCGGCUGCGUCUCUCACAACACUUCAGACCUCAUACGCACCAGCGCCGUCGUCGAAUAGUGUUCCAGCUUCCUCAUCCGUGUCAGUUGCCGCUGCACCUUCCUCAUACAGCGCCCCGGUACCAUCGUCUUCCAGCGCAGCUGCACCAUCCUCGUACAGCGCGCCAUCAACAUCCGUUGCUCCAGCACCAACAUCCUACAGCGCACCCCCAUCUUCCACCUCCUUUGCCCCAGCCGCAACCUCCUCUGCCAGCUCAGGCGGUAGCUCUUCAGGCAGCGACUCCUACAAACUCUACUCCGGCGAUGGCACCACAGGCGCCGGCUGGCCAUCCCAAGACUCCUGGGUCGACUUCGAGAGCAUGUGGUCCGCCAACAUGGCCUUGAUCAGCAUCUCCUGCACCCAAUUUAGCCAAACCAACAACGACCAAACCGAAAGCGACGACCUCAAAUCCGCCAUCCAAGCCGUUGCCUCCUCUUCAGGAAUCGACGAGCGAUUCAUCCUUGCCAUCGUCAUGCAAGAAUCCAAGGGCUGCGUUCGUGCGCCCACGACGAACUACGGCGUCACGAACCCUGGCCUCAUGCAAUCUCAUGACGGAGCAGGAACGUGCAAUAAUGCCGGUACUGUGCAGAACCCGUGCCCAGCCAACGAGAUUACGCAGAUGAUUACGGACGGUAGCACGGGCACUUCAAGCGGUGAUGGGUUGAAGCAGGGGAUUGCUAACUGUGGCGCGAGCGAUGUGAGCAAGUACUACAAGGCUGCUCGCAUCUACAACUCGGGCUCGGUUGCCACGUCUGGGAAUCUGGAUGAUGGAAUUGCAACUCACUGCUAUUCUAGCGAUAUCGCUAACAGGUUGACUGGAUGGGUCAAGGCGGAGACGCAAUGUACACUAGGAUAG